AGGAAGUUACAUAGGCCUUGCAAAAGACAGGGUUUCUUUAGUUGUCGAAGGAAAGAGCUAAGGAAUAGACAUUGAACCGAUUCUGAAGAUGGAUAUUAAGAAAACUAUCCGAGUGGGGUCUAGAAAGAGUCAGUUGGCGAUGAUCCAGACAGACACGAUCAUUGAUGCCUUGUCAGCUGCGCAUCCGGAAGUGAAGUUUGAAGUUGUUUCUAUGGACACAAUUGGAGACAAAAUUCAGGAUGUUGCAUUACCACAGAUCGGGUUAUCAGGGGUUUUUACAAAGGAACUUGAGGCGGCCCUGCUCUUGAAUCACGUGGACAUUGUUGUGCAUUCAAUGAAGGACUGUCCGGCCCUGCUCCCAGAUGGUCUUGCUAUUGGAACAGUAUUCAAAAGAGACAGUCCUUAUGAUGUGGUAGUGAUGAAUGUCAAAAACAUCGGGAAAACCCUAGCAGAUUUACCGGAGGGAAGUGUUGUGGGAACCAGUUCACUCCGCCGGAUUGCCCAAGUAUCUCGGAUCCAUCCUCAUCUGAACUUUGAAAGCAUUAGAGGGAACUUAAACAUGCGCCUACAGAAACUGGACGAUUGUGAUAAAUACGCUGCCCUGAUAUUGGCGGAAGCCGGAUUAUCGAGAAUGGGGUGGGAAAACCGAUUAUCCGAGAGGCUGGCAGACAGCGGCUGUUUGUACGCGGUGUGUCAGGGCGCCAUUGGUGUUGAAUGCCGAGCAGACGACAAGGGAACUCUAGCUGUUCUAGACUCCAUCACAGACCGAAAUACCAUGCUUCAAUGUAUUGCCGAGAGAUCAUUCAUAAAAAGCUUGGGAGUAGGGUACAAAGCCCCGGUGUGUGUUCAUUGUGAAAUCUCGCGAGACGAGAUUCAUCUGAGUGGAGCUGUAUACAGUCUUGAUGGACACGAGACACAGAUUCUGGACACGCGAGCCUCGCUCCACCCUGAUGCACAGCGAAAAGGGAAAGGAGAGCAGAUUUCAAUCCAGAGUCCGAGCUUUAUGUCCAUAGCGGUGGGCAGCGCUGCAAGCCGUGAGGAAAUGGCGGCGGCCCAAAGAACCGGAAGCCACCUGGCAGAGGAAUUUCUUAAGUCGUCUGCUAAAGAAAUGCUUAUUACCGCCAAAGUAUCCACGGAAAACUCCAUUCUCCAGGAAAGAUCCCGACGAGAAAUGCAGGCCUGAAUGGUCUGCAAAUAAGGCUUCAUACAUGUACGAGGCUUUGGACAAAUCAGUUGACUAAGGAAUGGUUGUUAUAGUUACUCACAUAAAGGAGGGCUCACAUGAGUUUUCUGUCUGUCUAUUCGUUUGCCCAUAUGUCAUUUUCUGUAUUCGUUUAUCUGUAUGUUUGUUAUAUGUAUUCAAGUACAUGUGUUGCAAUGCUGCCUAAGUUCUUUCUUCUGUGAGCGAGCACAGCACAGGAUUAAUGUAUGAUGAAAACCUUCCUCUGAAUCCUAGAAAAAGACAAUGUGUCAUAUACAUGUAUAUAUUUACAACAUGCUUGCAUGUGGACUUUAAUUAUUUUAAAGUCCAAAUACAUACAUAUACUGAUAUAUUCACAAUAAAUAUGCCUGCAUGGU